UAUUUGCUUUCAAGUAUUGAGAUCUGAUGCAGUAUAUAUCCUUUGUUUAAUCAGAUGUAUUGUGACAUUCUCAUCUCUUAUUUUUGUACAGCAUCAACCGCAUUAGUAUGAAAGAAGUCAAUUAAUACCACUCUUAUUUUCUAGGCACUUCUGCCUUUCGCUGUGGUAGGGAGCAUGGAUGAGGUGAAAGUUGGGAAAAGGAUGGUCAGAGGCCGUGACUACCCCUGGGGAGUUUUGCAAGUGGAAAAUGAAAAUCACUGUGACUUUGUUAAGCUCCGGGAUAUGCUUCUUUCUACCAAUAUGGAAGACCUGAAAGAACAGACACACACUCAGCACUAUGAACGUUUCAGGUACUUCAAACUGCAGUCAAUGGGUUUCACUGAUGUGGGCCCGGACAACCAGCCAGUUAGCUUUCAGGAGAUCUAUGAAGCUAAAAGGCAAGAAUUCCAUAAUCAAUACCACAGAGAAGAAGACCAGCUGAAACAGAGGUUUAUGCAACGGGUGAGGGAGAAAGAAGCAACAUUUAAAGAAGCUGAGAAAGAGUUACAGGACAAGUUCGAGAACCUGAAGAGGAUUCAACACGAGGAGAUGAUAAAGCUUGAAGAAGAGAAAAGACAACUGGAAGAAGACAUAGUAGAUCUUUAUAAAAUGAAGGCUACUUCUGACACAUUUCAGCCGCCUGUGUGCACCAAUGUAAAAAAGGACAAAGAUCGUAAGAAAUAGUUUUUUCUGGGGUGAGCAUUUGGCACAGUGGUUAAGACAUCAGUUAGGA